AUGGCUGGUAAAGUAGACCCUCACGCUUCGCAAAAAGACUAUGCUGUCGGUUUCGGUGGCAAAUAUGGAGUACAAACUGAUAGAAAGGAUAAAUCUGCAGCUGGUUGGGAUGAGAGGGUGGAACUCUCGAAGCACGUCAGUCAGAAAGAUGCAUCAUCUGGAUAUGGUGGUCGUUUCGGCGUUCAGAAAGAUAGGAAGGACAAAUCAGCUGUUGGUUGGGAUGAGAAAGUCGAGUUAUCGAAGCAUGAAAGUCAGAAAGAUGUUGCUACCGGUUACGGAGGUCGCUUUGGCGUGCAAAAGGAUCGUAAGGAUAAAUCAGCUGUUGGAUGGGAUGAGCACACAGAACUCCCAAAGCACGAAAGUCAAAUGGGUGAGUUAACGUAUUUGAAAUUACAAGGCUUCGGUGGCAAAUUUGGUGUACAGACCGAUCGGCAAGACGCCUCAGCUGCUGGAUGGGACACUCUCGAGCAAGUUCCGAAGCAUCCCAGUCAACAAGUCUUUCGAAUUAAUAUUCUCAUGUUUGCAGAUUACAAACAAGGCUUUGGUGGCAAGUUUGGUCUUCAGACAGACAGGCAAGAUAAAUCUGCCGUGGGUUAUGAUGCCCACGAUGAUUUGAAGAAGCAUGAAAGUCAAAUGGGUUAG